ACCGGCUUUAGUGCUUCGGAGAUAGAAAGCAGAGCCUUUAAAGGGCCGGCGUUGGGUUUUUUGUGUUACUUAAAUUCAUGUUUUGGAAAGAGAUGCACCAUGAUCUACAUAUAUCGUGGCGGAAGUAUACAGGAAAUUCAGGGAAGAUAUUGAGUGGUUAAGGGAGAAGUUUAAGGAAUAAGGAUAGUUUAUAAGAUGAAGGAUGAUUCAAAGAUGAGCAUCGCCGAAUAUCAAUCAUAAUUGGACGUAAAACGAUAUACACACAUUUGAUGAUAGCAAACUUCAGGAUGGGAUAUUCAUGCCGAUAUCUGUCAAUGCUGUGAGGCAGAUUACUGCAGUGAUCAUACUAGACCUAAAUUUUUAUACAACAAGGAGUUGCCACAUCAUCAUUUGAUGCAUUUACUUUCAUCGCUACGAAGUCAGAUGCACAUCCGUGCUUUGAGUCAUCCGUAACAAGGAAAUUCAAUGGAAAGUCUUAAAAUGCCAGCUGCUUUCCGAAUCUGGGACUCAGCACCACCAUCGAAUAUCAUCCGCUUCCGAUCGUUAAUACGAUGGUUCCAAUAUCUCCAAAUCAUGGCCUACAUCGGUGGAAGCUGUAGCACAGCUUCUACCUCAAAAACACCAGUCCCGGUAACCAUACAUAUGCGCUUCUGGGAUCCAUCACACGAAUAAGUAUCAGCCCCUUCUCCAUCCAAGCUAUUCCAGCUCAGCUUUCGCAAGUCUUUUUGAAGUUGCUCGUAUCAUGACUGAGGAAGAAAACAAACAGCCUAGAUUUAUGGUUCUUGCGUGCAUCAUCCAUCUUACAAUUAUCAGUUUGCUUAUAUUUUUCGCUGCUUUUUUGGCUGGUCAAGUGAAUUUUACGCCACUUCGCGCAGAUGUUCGAGCGUUAUUGGAAAUCGAGGCUAGAUACUUAGAUCGAGGUAGUAUAUCAAAUUCUGUAAGAGGCUUGGAUAGAUGGAUAGAUGGCUAGAUACUCUUAUUAAUGAUGUUUCUUAGUGUUACAUCGGGUAACAUAUUCCGCAUCACAUGAUUAAUCACGGGGCCAGGAUAGUCAUGUGACCGUAUCUAAGUGAUCUAACUAGAGCCUCUAGAGCCAGAACACGAAGGUCUAUAUAAUCGGAUGGAUUUCUUUAUUUGUAGAGCUUCGUGCUCAAGAUCAAUCAUUUAGUAUAAUCUACUAUUAGUUACGAAUUGCAACCAUUACCAUCGUUACUUAAGUCCCUGCUUGACGCCUAGUUAUAAACCACUUCGAGAGCCUAGAAGCACUUCCACGUGAUCUAGACGGCAACC